GUUUGAUUGAAGGAAAUGUCAAACAAUUAUAAGAUUUUGUUGUAUUUUCUCAAAUCAGUCAAUCAUUCAUUGAGAAUAGGAUUGGGAUUAAGAAACCGAUCCAUCGAUCAGUUCAUAACCAAAGAUGCAAUCAAUGGACUCAAAGAUAAUGUCAAUAAAAAUUGCAGACGUUUUGAGACAAUUGGCAACAGAAACGGAUCCAAACAGGAGUCCAGAAGUGGUCAGAGAAAUGGCAGAAAUAGAAAGAGUUCAAUGAAUGGGACAGAAGUGAUGGACAGGUCUUAUAUGGUAUACGAAGGCAUUCGUCAAUACAUGCAAUACGUGACCAGAAAUCAGUUGAAAUCUACGAGAUUUAUGUCACAAAUGAGUGGCCCAUCAGUUGUAAUACCGGUGCAACACUUCAAUCAAAAGAACAAUUUGAAUGAGGAUUUGAAUGAAUUGAAUAUCAAUGAGAAUAAGUUUAUUGAUAAAGAGUUAGUCAAAGAGAAUAUAAUAAUUGGCGAGAAAGCAGUCAACAAAAGCCCUGUCAAUGAAAAGUCCAAUACUAGAGCCAAACCUCGACUCAAUGAUAAUUGUCGACAAAAUCUAAGUCAACGAUCAAAAGAACGUAAAGUUCCGGCCAAUAGAGUGAGUCGAUUGGCAUCUUUCGGGAGUUUAGCGGUUGGUCUCGGAUUUGGAGCACUCGAAGAGAUGACGAAAAAGACUUUAGGAAUCUCUUCGCGCUCUUCGCAAAGCAUUUUGGGAUCAAAUCCAUUGCUGACGGAAGCGAAUGCCAACCGAAUCGUCGACACGUUGUGUCGCGUGAGAGGAGCGGCCCUUAAAUUGGGACAAAUGCUGAGC